AUGUACAACCCGUACGGCGGCGGACAGCAGCCGGAGCAGCCGUAUUACUACCCGCAGGGGCAGCAGCCGCAGCAGUCGCCACCGGCGCAGGCGCAGGCGUUCCCUUCCCCAUUGCAGUGGCCGCAAUACACAAACCCGCAGUACGGCAUCGCCCCUCCUGCUGCUCCUACUGCUCCUACUGCUCCCAUGAACAAUGGGACCCAACUGCCUGCCCAGUAUCGCGAUCCUUAUGCAGCCGCGACAAUGAACGGGGUGCAGGACUAUAGCAACUACUAUCCCGCCCCCAACUAUGCACAACAACCACAGCUGCAGCCACAGUUGCAACCACAGCUACAGCCACAGCCAGAGCAGCCGCUGAUGCCACCGCAACAGCAGACGCAGCAGACUGCUGCACCUGCGUCGAAUUCUCGGGUCGGCGCCGGCGGGAUGGGGCUCGCGACGACGCAGCAGUUAGAAGAAAUGCAGCAGCAGCAGCGCCCACAGGGAGCCCCCGCUCCUCCCAGCCGUGCUUCCAGUCAACGGGAGCAGUGCGCCUCGCCCACCGGAAGGUGCGCGCGACCGCCGCCGAAGCGCAGCGUGGACCUAAAAAGUGCCCCCAACCCCCGCCGCGACAUCCCGCAGAAGCCCGGAACGGAGGAGAUUCCUACGUCCUCGGGUCAGCUGCCGCUAAGCGCCACAGGGUUUAUCGCUGUUGAUGAUGGCAACGCGAAUCCAAAGUUUUUUCGCCCCACCACAAACUCCGUUCCCGCCGAGGAGCGGCUUGUGAAGGACAGCAAGGUGUUUUUCGGCGCCGUCUUGGCCCCACUCUGCCGUCCCCUGCAUCCACGCGAGGAGGUGCCGCUGGUGGAGGGCCGGCCGCCGGUGCGCUGCCACCGCUGCCGCGCCUACAUCUCGUGCCACGCACGCUUCACUGAAAUGGGGCGGUAUUGGCUCUGCCCCUUCUGCAGCAUGGCGAACGAGGUUGCAAGCGAGGACUUUUGCAACCUGGACGCCCGCAGCCAGCGCCUGGACCGAGGGGAGCGGCCGGAGCUGAGCCGUGGCAGCGUGGAGUACGACGUCGGGCCCUACGCGGAGUACGCCCUCCGCGACGAGAAGGAAACCCCGAUUGCGGUGCGACCGAUGCACUACUUGUUCCUGCUGGAUGUUUCGCAGAAGGCCACAGCCACGUUUCUUCCGGACUACGUGGACGCCCUGAUGCGCUCCUUGCAUGAAAUGGCCGAGUACUACCCGCAGUGCCGUGUGGCCUUCAUCACAUACGCGGCCACGCUGCACUUCUACAACGUGCGUCACCCCCGCAUCCCGCAGCUGAUUGUGGCCGACGUCGACAACCCAUUCGUCCCGCUCCCGUUCACCAGCCUUUGUUGGCUGACGCUGGGCACCGACCUCGACCUCGUGGACGCCUUCCUGAUGCGCGUGAUGGAGUACGCCGAGGACCUCCGGGAGUCGGACUGCGUCAUGGGAGCCGCUGUGCAGGUUGCCACGCUGGUGCUUGCGGGGCAGCACGGCGGUCGUGUCAUUCUGUGCGGACACAAAGCGCCACAGCGCGGCGUUGGCGCCCUGAAGCUUCGGGAGCAACAUCUUUUAUACGGCACCGACAAGGAGAAGGAGUUACUGCGGCCCAUGGAAGGGUUUUGGCGGACAACCGCCACUGCGUGUGCGAAGCAGCAGAUCUCCUUUGACCUCCACAUGUUUGCGGAUGAGUACUGUGAAUUGGUGACCAUUUCGCAGCCGUGUCACCUCUCCAACGGUCGUGUGCACCUUUUUUCCAACUACGACCGCGAGACAGACGCCACGAAGGUGCAGGCCGCAUUGAACCAGACACUACUGGAGGAGGCUGGCUAUGCGGGCAUCUUGCGUGUUCGCUGCAGUGCCGGCAUCCGUGUGCAGGCCUACCGUGGCCACUUCAUGUCGCAAGACCCACACGACAUGGAUCUCGCCCACGUGCAGGGCUCCUCCACCUUCUUUGUAGAGUUUGCCCACGAGGGGAAGCUGGAGAAGACGUCCUACGCCUACUUUCAGACGGCGUUGCUGUACACCACCCGUGGCGGGCAGAGGCGCGUGCGGGUGCACUCCUUCCGCAUGCCGGUGGUCACAACCCUCUCGGGCGUGUUUGAGGCCGACUUGGAGGCAACACUGAUGGGCUACAUUCACGAGGCGAUUGGGAACUCCGUGAAUAAGGGGCUGCAGUACGCCCGCAGCGCGGCACAGGACCGGGUACUGAAGAUGCUCAUCGCCUACCGUCGGGUGUGCACUUCCAACGUCACCUCCUCGCUGCUGAUGCCCUCGCGCCUGCGGCUGAUUCCGUUGUUUGUGCUUUCGCUGCUGAAGGCGGACGCGUUUGUGGAGGGCACCACCGUGCCCAUUGACGACCGCGUGCAGAAGCUCUUCCUGCUCAUGACGCUUCCCAUGCAUCAGUGCGUGACUUACCUGUACCCCACCCUGUACGCCGUCCACCGCCUCCCCGCCGACCCAAAGAGCGGCGUGCUGGAUCCGGAGACGGGCCGCUGCGUGAUGCCGGCUUGGCGGCAGCUCAUCUUUGACAGCAUCACCAACGACGGCGUCUACGUGCUCUGUGACGAGCAGGCACGAAUUGUGUACAUGUGGGUCGGCUCCGCGGUGGCGCCGGAGGUGGCACUGGAGCUCUUCGGCACCGCGGAUGCCUCGCAGGUUGGCCGCACGGUGUUCUUUGACGACUUUGGGGAGAAGCUGAAGAACGUCUUGUACGCCUGUCUCCUGCGGGAUGAUGGCAUGCGGCGGUUUGUGAUCCUCCACGAGAAGGACCGCGCCGAGGAGGCGUUCUUCCGGCAGCUGAAGGAGGAGAACGGGGGCGGCUCCAUGAGCUACGAUCAGCUGCUUGUACACCUCCACCACGAGGUGAGGAAGUCCAUGACGUAG